UGUUUGUGCCAUGGAAUUGGAAAAGAACAGUGAUGCUAAAAGCAACAAAAGAUGCUUCAAUCAGACCUUCCUUCUUUCUUCUUGCACUGAGAAAGCUGAGCAUAUGCUCAUCAGAGAUGCUGCAGCAGGACCCAACCACUCUGGUUCUGGCCAGGCAUGUUCUGCCAAUGUUCCUGAAGUAAAGUUGUCAGCGGAAAAUUUACCCUACUUAUCUGUAGAUGCAGAUUGUGAAAUGUGUAAUAAAAAGAGGAUGGGAAUUGGUUGUGCAAAGGUAGAUGAAAGCAAGAAAGAAGCUGAUGGGUUGGAAAGGGCAUCUGAUGAUACACACUUCAAUUGCGGGGGGUGUGAUCAUUGCAGACAAAGCUAUUUGACUGAAGAUUCACAGCUGGAGUAUCUCAGUGCUCAUGAGCAAGAUUUUGAUGAUGAGAAUAGCUCAAGUGAGUUUUCUGAACUAAGGGGAACUACAGAAACUGAAACCUUAGGUCUGAUAGACCCCAUUUAUGAAGUUACAGGGGAUGGAGUCACACACGAACAAAAUCUCACAGACCUGUCAGAAGAUUGCUGUUCUGCUUCUGAGUAUAUCAUAGAUGACCAGACCUGCCCAGAAGCAGCUAUGCCAGAGCUUCCCCACCUGCUUGAGCACUCUCUGUCUCUGCAAGAUUGCAGUGGCAUGACUUGUGAUCAUCAGGAAGAGCAAACAGAGUAUCAUAGUGUUGUUUGUGGAAAUACACUUGAAAGUCAUUCUCAUGGGGUCUGUCCAAAUCUGUCUGUAUAUGACAGUUCAGAAGAUGGAGAGGUGAAAGACAUGUCACUGACUGAUGGCAUGCUGCCACCCCAAAUGGCUGUAACUGAAGAAGUGUCUGCAAAAACUGGUGGACACAUCGACAGCAUCUCAGUGAAGCAAAGCAAUUCUUCACUGUCUCUGAGAGAAAGAGCCCCUGCAGUAGCCACGCAAGUUUGCAGACAUGAAGAGGACUCAGAUUUCUGCAGUUGUGAAGAAUCUGGCAUGUGCACACAUGGUGCCACCUGCACUGACUGCACUGCAAAGGAUGCUGAAACCUAUAUUGCAAUUUCUGACGUUCCCACUAGCAAGAAACUUUUGAGGGUGGAACUUGCAGAUAAAUCCUCCCCUGGAAAUCGCAACUCUCUGAACUCAGAGCUGGAGCAUUGUGAAAGCUUGAUAAACACUGCCUGUGCCUCUGCAGUUAACCAGGCUGUUGAUGUGAGUUCUGAUUUUAGAGCUUGCUUUACAACAAGCAGAAGUACCUGUGCUCAGGUUCAUCUCUUGUCCAGGGCUAUUAAUACAGAGAUAACAAUGAUGAACACAUCUCAACAGAUGGGAUGGUGGGGUGAAAACUGUGCAGAUGUUGCUUGUAAGACAGACUGCUCGUAUGAAGCUGGUAGUACAAAGGAAAUUCGGCCACAGGUUACUGACACGCUGGAAGAACCCUCAGAUGGUGGUGCUGCAAUAGCUGAAAGAAGUUCACAAAUUCAGGAACAGCAGGAAUCCAAAACUGAGACAAGUGGCAGUGACUUACAGAUAAGCGCUGACAGGCUGGUACACCUUGACAAACAACCUGUGAAGAAUUCUGCAUCAGCUGACUGUCAAAAAAUACUGGAGAGAGCGACUGAAGCAGAAUUGCAGGUUCUGAAUGCCCAUUUUCAUAUGUGUUAUCAGCACUGCUGGAAGAUUUACAGACUGGCUCUGGAGGAAAACAGAUGUUUUAUCAGAUUUAAUGAAAAAUCAGAAUUAGAUUCAUCUCUCUCACUGGUUUUGGAAGAACUAGAAAAGAAUUACAACAGUAUGAAGAUGAAAAUAAAAACGGGUGUACCUUUAAGUGCACUUCCUCCACUAUCAGUUGAGAUGAAGUUUUUCCAAAUCUACUCUUCUUAUGUCCCCUCCAAGUUGUUCAGAGAGGAUCUCUGCACUGAUUCUGUUUCAGGUAAAAGAAAAUCUGAUUCUAAAGCAUCAGAACUGCAAGAAAGGAAGAUUUCUGACACCAUGGUAUGGACUUCUUCAUUACCGAGUUUCAUAGACAUUAAUGUUGUGAAGCAUAGUCUCCUUUUAGGUAUAUGCAAAUGCAAGCACAGUCUGAAGGGCUCAAGCAGGGAUUCUGUGUCAGUAAUUGCCAAAGCAGCCCAUGACAAACCACAGGUUGAAGAUGUAACUGAUAGAGUUGAGCCAAGUGACUCUACUUCAUCCAAGACUUGGAAAGAACAACCUAAAGAUCAGGGUGAGGAAUGUGGCUGUGUGAAAAAUGAAGAAGGGAAUGAAGAUUGGUUUGAUGCUAAAGAGAACUUGACAGUAGCAAAUUGUUCAGUAAUAGGCAAAGACACAAAAAAGCAACAAGAAGAACAAGACACAGCUGAUUUAAGAGAAGCAAGGAGUGGAGAUGAGUAUUUUAUUUGUGUUGAUGGCCUACAUUCCUCAGUGUCAGAGGCUGAUCUAAGAUCACAUUUCCAGAAGUAUCCUAUUCGUGACGUUCUUGUCUCUGUGGAAUCUAAUAACUGCAGAUGCGCCCUUAUUUCCUUUAAAGACAUCAGUAAAGCCAAGUUAGCUGUAGAGAAAAUGAACCAGAAAAAGAUAAAAGGAAAAGAAAUAACUGCUAAAAUCAUAAACACUGUAUCAGGGAGUAAAUAUCUGGUUUCCCAAGUGCUUACAAAUAAGCUUUCACCUGAAAUCCAACCUGUUGAGAAGAGUCAAAGAAGUGAUCAAAGUAACACGCUCGCUUCAGCCUUCAAUUCUGUGGAAGCCCCCAUCACUGCUUCUGCUGCUGAGAAAAUAACUUCUUCAAAAACCUCUUGCUCUACACAUGUGCCUUCAGAAACAAAGUGCCCUGAUUGGAAACCACCUACUGAAGGUCCUUACUUGCCUGAAGUUAAAAAAAAGGAUACUGGAGAAAACUUCCUGUUCAAAACAUCUUACUCCAAUAAGCCAUAUGAUGCCUUUAUUUUACCUGAUAAUUUGAACUUGAGCAGUUUUACCAAGUUAGUUGAGAAACUUAGAAGACUUCAUCCACAGGCUAGCAGAGAUGCAAUUUUGGCUGCCUUGCUGGAGGUGAGGAAAAACAACAAUGGUAUCCUAAGUGGCUUGACCAUCAAUACCAUUACGGCAAGGACCUCUGCCAUUCUAAGGAAAUCCAGUCAGAAGUGAGACAAGGCAUGUAAAUAAUAAAUGGCUUUCCAACUAUGAAGAACUGAUCAUCUCCCAUUGGAAGGUGAAGAUUUUGCGAUUUCCAUACUUCAGCUUGUUCUGGGAUCCUGUUGUACUUCUUGUUGGUUUAUUUCAGCAGAUCUUAUUGAAAACUCAGGUGGCAUCACUGUUUCAUGUUCUGUUUUAUCCAAGAGAAUAUAACCUGAAGGUCAGUUUGAGGUGUUUUUCUGUGUAUGCAGAUAUUCGUCCCAGUUUUGUUAUUCCUCAUAGUUGGUUCAAGCAUUUCAGAAGGUUUCCCUAGGGUAGAUAGAUCACACUUUAGUGGAACAAGACUCCUAAUAUUGGCAGGGCUUUUCUAGGCUGCAGUCCACAACACCCAGCUCUGGCAUGCCACUUAAUUUUAGACAGGAUAGCAGCUUCUAAGAUGUUAACAAAUAGCCAACAUGCUUGUGCUUUCCAGAUAAUCUGAUUCUGAAUAGUCUUGUUGAAAUUCCCUAUAUUCUUUGAACAUCAGGGAAGCACAGAGGAGACAGCAGGGGCUUUACUGGAGAAAACCAGGCUUUGGAGCUGGCAGUGCUGGUGCAUUGGUUACCUAAUGCAGCACUCCUUUGACUCAGGAGUGUGUUGCAUGCUGCAGAGCAGUGGUACGGCUUAAACAGCUCCUUCAGGAUGCAACCUGGAUUCCCCCUCUUAACCCUCCUGCCCCAAACAGGGCAUUUUCUUCUCUCAUAUUCCACUUGUGUUGUUGUAAGCAGAGAAUGGGCUUCUAAAUCCUUUUUUGUGUGUCCCAUGGUCUGAUACAGUGGGAAGCACACACCUCCUGAAACUUUUGUGUUGGGUUGAUAAAGGGAUAUACUGUACAGAAGAGGUCUAGAUUUUAAAUCCACUUCUGACAAAGAAAGGCAGCUUCAGUGUAUGUGUCUAGUCUGGGGUGAGGAGAAUUAUCCUUGAUUGACAAAGACUCAUGCUGUGAUAUUGCAGGAAAGACAGUAUGCUGCUAUUGUACAUCUCUGUUUCUUCACUGUACUUAGU